AGAAUUCUUUGUUCAGCCUGGAAGUUCAGUGACGUCGUCGGGAUGAGCCUCGGUCUGGGUGUGCCUCCCUGUGACAUGGUCCUGCCACACGAACUCAACAAAAAUCCAGUGGAAGGCUUUUCAGCAGGUUUAAUAGAUGACAAUGACCUUUACCGAUGGGAAGUCCUUAUCAUUGGUCCCCCUGACACACUUUAUGAAGGUGGUGUUUUUAAGGCUCAUCUCACUUUCCCAAAAGAUUACCCCCUCCGGCCUCCUAAAAUGAAAUUCAUUACAGAAAUCUGGCACCCAAAUGUUGAUAAAAAUGGUGAUGUAUGCAUCUCCAUUCUUCAUGAGCCCGGCGAGGACAAAUACGGGUACGAAAAGCCAGAGGAACGCUGGCUCCCUAUUCACACUGUGGAAACCAUCAUGAUUAGUGUCAUUUCCAUGCUGGCAGACCCGAACGGAGACUCCCCUGCUAACGUGGAUGCUGCGAAAGAAUGGAGGGAAGACAGAAAUGGAGAAUUCAAAAGGAAAGUUGCCCGCUGUGUGAGAAAAAGCCAAGAGACUGCUUUUGAGUGACAUUUAUUCAACAGCUGUGACUUCACUUACUUCAGGGGUCUCCAACUGAGAAACACGGCACUGUUUCCCUGCACUCUACCCACCUAUCGCUGGACUUCUGUCGUAACAAGUUGGCAGACACUGGCUGGAAGUGGGCUGCGAUAGAACAUGCCAGUAUCAGUGCUGACACAAGAGCCUAACAAGUGCCAACUUACAGAUGAUUACGCAUUUUGAAUUCUAAUGAACUGUUUUAACCUUCAGGAAGAAUUGUAAAGACCUGUACAUAGCACAACAUGAUCCGGAUAAUAUAUAUACUAUUCAUGUACAUCCACAGAUACACCUUGUACCAAAUAAUGCUUUCUUGUAGUAGAAUAAGAAUCGUGUAAAUUCUAAAAGAUUUUAGCAGGUUUUCUUUCCCUAUUCAUUGUUUCUUAUCAGUUUUAAAAGACUCCUUAAAGCAUGUCAGAUGAAAAACAAUUAGGAUUACAAGUUUCCAUUUAAUUUCCUUUAAACCAUUGAGGCUUCAUUAAACUCUUUUCACUUACUAAACUUUUGUAUCUUCUUUGUUUUGACACACUCCCCUUUGCUUUUAUCUCUUCUAUCUGCCAGAAAGUUUUCAAAUCAUUUAGUUCCAAUACUGAAAUACUUAAUAAGCAACUACUUGAUUUUUAAUGAUGACUUCAGAGGAGUGGUCAUCACCAGGUGCUUUGUCCUUUUGUACCCUAGUUGUACCGUCUCUUGGGUUGGUUGUAGCAAUAACAUGUUUUGGCUGUUGAGAGCUCUUGAACUCAGUCAUUAUCCCUGGGAACUAAAAAGAGUCAGUUCAGAAUCCAACUUAACUGAAAUUUGCCCCACAUGGUGCAGAAGUCUGGUUUGGUUUUGCUUUUGCCCCCCAGUUCCCUGCCGUUAAGGUCGGGUGGAUUACGGUGUGCACUGCGCAGGCUUUCUGCGUCACUUGCGGGUUCGCGAGGACUGACGCUGUUGACCCCGUGUCCCCUUCUCCUGAGCCCUUCGUGUUUCUUUGCCUCUACUCUUCUAUACUGCAGGUUUUUUCUCACUUAUUGUACAAAGAAAUUGCGAUGUAUAUUUUCAUGUAAUUUGAUUUUGGAAUUCUGUCACCUUAUGUAGUGAGUUCUUCCAAAAUACAAUUUUUUUCCAAUAAUUGUCAAGUUGUUGGCUUUUAUUGUAUUGAAUGAAGGUUAUAAUACUGAAUGCCAGAGAAAUGCAGUUUAGAAAAAUCUCAGGUUGAUUCCUUAUGCAAACAGACUUAUACUUGAAAAUCCCAUGGCCGUGGCAGUGGAUGUAUUGGGCUCUAUCUAGGUUCUUAUGUGGAUCUCAAAGCACUACAGGGGUGUGAAUGCUUUGCUGUUUGACAUAUAGAUUCUGUCACUGACAUAGUGCACUUGGAUUUUAUUAAUGUUUGAGCAUAAGCAUAUUUCAUAUCAUGUUUUCUAAAACAGCUUCAGGAAAUGAUGAAGUGAAUGUGUGCAGUGUUAACGGCAGGCCCAGGUUCCUCUAUGUUGGGUGUGAGGUUGGGAUUGGGAAGUAGUAGUUGGCCUGUAAGAGACAGAACUCGAGACGGUACCAGAUGGGACACAAUUCUGUGAGAAUUGGUGCGUCUCUGCUCUGUGGGGCUUGGAGAGACGCUUUGGCAGAGAGUGAAGGGAUCCCUAUGAGUAGCCCCAUCCUCUGUGGACUCUGCAGGUCCUUUUUGAAGCAGAAGUAAAAUGGUUGAGGAUGUAGACACAGUAGAGAGUGAUUUUUCUAAACACCUAUCUGUUCCCCACUCUGAAGCAUUAUAAAAUCCCAUACAUGUGUAAUUGCUGAGUGUGAAAAUUGUUUGAUUUGAUUUACUGCAGCCAGUUUUCUUCGAGAACUUCAUUUGGGACUCCCCCCCCCCCCCCCCCCCCCCGCCAAAUUCUAAAACUUGUUGCCCCAAAGUGCUGGUAGUGCACACGCGCCUGGGAUUUGAAUGCAGUCCCUCUUACUCUUACAUCAGAAACUGUCCACAUGGUGGCUGCUUGUGGCAGAAUGGAGUCUGAACUUUGCUCUCCCGUUGCUGUGAUUCUGCUAGUGAUCUGUCAAGUUAAAACCUGGGACUUGACUCUUCAGGGAGCGGCAAAUGACCUAGUAACUCAGGGACAACUCUUACUGAACUUUAAGUGCCACUUAAAUGCAGGUACCUUGGAGUAACCAUGUGUGUCUUGGGGCUAGAUCCUGGGGAGUCAGAGGGGGAGCCAGGAACGAGGGCCCCUCCCUUCCCGCUCUUUUCCACCGGGCGCCCUGGCGUGCUGCAUGUGGACACACAGGCUUGGGGGUGGGGGGGGUUGUGUGGGACUUCUUCGCUGCCAGGGGCAUCACCUGUGCCUUUCCCUGUGUUCAUCUGACAGUGUGAACUUAGCGCCUCCAUAUUUGAUAUUAAACCACUCUCAGGUGACACUGAUCCAGGUGGCUUUUGCCUCAUCACUAGUGUGAGGUGAGUCCUCUCUGUUCUAGGAAAAGGAUUCUUCUCCCUAACUCUGUGCCAACUGUCAACAACAUCUACACGGUCUUAUGGGUUUUAGGACUGUUGGCUAUUUCCUAAAUUGAUUCCAAGUUCUGGUAAAGGCUUCCAGAUUUCAGUCUGUGCUCAUACGGGAUGUAUGAUCUCAGUGGCUUUCUGGCCUCCUUCUGUGAGUUUAAAAUCCACGAGAGAUUGGUUCCCUUGUCAUUACGAGGCACUCUCUCUGUGAGGGUAUUCCACGCGUUCUGUGAUCACGUGGGUGUCCUGGUACCCUUAAUGGCCUUCAUUCUUGGUUGUGAAAUUUUAUUUCAUAUGCUCACCACCCUCUACGAAUCUGCACACUUGGGGUUGUGGUGCUUGUGGACCUAUUUUUGCCCGUCUGGUCUCCAGUUGGUGGAAUUGCCUUCUUUGUACUGCCACUUCUCAGCAUCUCUGAAAUCUGACAUAAUGUUGCGUCAUUCCAGUUUUUUGUUGUUUUUUUUGUUUUUCUUUUUUUUUUUUUAGUUCUGUAACUUGUUGAUUGUAUUUAACUAUGUGAGUUCUGUUGUGAUGUUUGCUGUAUUGUAAAGCACCUCCAUCGUGUGGUGGAUGCUGUGUAAAUCAAUAAAUGAUCACUUAGA